AAUGGGCGGAUUUGCACCCUCCUCCUCCUCCUCCUCCUCCUCUUCCUAAACACCAGGCUUGAGAAGCAGAAGCUGAGCUCCAGCAAGUGACAGACACUGCAGCUGAGCCAACAGUUGGUAAUCCCUUGUGUAGACAUGGCAGGAAAGGCUCACAGACUCAGUGGAGAGGAACGAGAGCAGCUCCUGCCUAACCUGAGGGCAGUUGGGUGGAAUGAACUGGAUGGCAGAGAUGCUAUUUGCAAAGAAUUUCAUUUCAAGGAUUUCAAUAGGGCUUUUGGAUUCAUGACCAGAGUUGCAUUACAAGCUGAAAAGUUAGAUCACCACCCUGAAUGGUUUAAUGUCUACAACAAGGUUCAUAUCACUUUGAGCACUCAUGAAUGUGGAGGUCUUUCCGAGAGGGACAUUAACCUGGCCAGCUUUAUUGAACAAGUUGCAGCCACUUUGUCUUAACAAUAGGUGGCAGCACUGCCACACGAUCGGGUGUCCAGAUGAAGCAAGUCAAUGAUGCUGUGUGUUUGUGUGUGAAUAUGGAAAUGCCCAUUCUUCUCUUGUAUGCUGGUAAAACAUAAAAACAGUAGCACACUAUAAUACUAGAUGCAAUUAUACUGCCAAACCCUUCUUUGUGUAUUUGUGACUGUAGUUCCAAGUAGCUUUGGCCCUAAAUGGGAAAAUGUUUACUACAGCCCUUAUCUCUAUGUAUUACAGUACAUAACAGUAUUACUACAUUUUAUAGUGAAUAAAUAUUAUGUACUAUU